UUGGUCACACUGGUCUUUAGCUUUUGUUUUCGUUGACUAAAAUAAAUAAGGGAAUUAUAAAAAAAUGGAUCCAGCCGUUUUAGUUUUAUCGUAUGGGGCAACCACUCCCAUGGAAAUCGUCGAAAACAUUUUCUCAGAAUUGGAUCAACCAAAAGAAUCAACUUCUACGGAAUGUUCACUGAAUUGCUAUAGAUGCAUUAUCAAAACAAAGUACUAUAACACUUCAAUAAAUUUAAUUCCCUUUUCUGGCAAAUUGGAAAGUGUUCCUGAGAAAGUUCUGAAGUCUUCUGAGGCUUUAAUCAUUUACUUUGACUCAACAGAUACUUCCUUUAUCGACACUAUUCCCAAAACGUUGGCAAAAAAUGAACAGAUCCAGUUAGGCUUUCUUUUAACGUCUCCCAAUUCAGGAGAAGAAAGUGGACUUUCUUUCGGCGAAAUAAAAGAACGUACAAAUUUCUUCUUUGACAUUAUAACGUUAAAGAGUAACGUCGAAAGUGAUUCUGAUGAACCGGAAAAGGAUUACGAAGAAGUUGUGGAAGGUUUAAAAAAUGUUGUUUGGUCCAAUGUUAAAUUUGGUUCUGAACACAAAGAAGAAAUUAGCUCGGACGAAUUGGAUAGUCAGUUAAAAGACUUUGAAAAUUUACUCAUCACUGCGCAAAGCUUACGUAAUGAUACAAGCCUAACUCGAGAACAAUUUCUAGAUAGAGCUGAGCAGUUCGCUGGAAUUGUUUCCUCAAUUUUAAAUGACAAUGAUAGCGACUAGCAAACUUAUUAUACCGUUUGUUACUAAAAAAUAAAUGUUAAGUUGAUUCCAUGGUA